UCCACAACACACAUGAAAAUGAGAUGAUUAUUAGAGUGAGGUCCCCCACAGAAUGUUGCAAGGGUGACAGUGCCAUGUACUGAGAUGUAUUUCAUGCCCUAGCUAGGGUGACAUUGCCGGGAACAUCAAUCGCUUCAAUUCGGUCCUUUUUUUCAAAAAAUAAAAAAAUAAAAAUUCAUAAAGUACUUAUAACUCAAGUAAUUAAGAAUAUCUAUAGUACACUUGCAAAUAAGGAAAGCAUUUGUUUAUGCAUGCAAUGAGUAAAACACAAUCCUCAUAAAAAAACAAGAAAUCAAAGAAAAAUGAUAUUUUCAUGUCAAAACUAAAAUACCUUUUAUUUUUUUGUCGAUUUAUGGAUAGAUAGAAGAACUGUGUAAAACUUCCAUUGAUCCAAUCAAAGUAUGUGACAAAUCACAUUAAGUAAACCUACCAAUAUAAAGUUAAAUAAACUUUAUCUUAAUAUAUUUAAAAAUAAAUAAAAAAAGCUACUAACAACAGUGGAUUCUUCCAUUAUCCAUAUAUACCACAAAAAACAUUUACUUUCCCUCAGUCCAAUAAACAAACUUUUUAUCCUCUUGAGUUUUUGCUUACAACGUUCUAUCAACUCAAAUUUUCAUAAUCCCACUUGAAAAAAAAAAAAAUCAGAAAACAUCCUUCAAUAUUUCAGCAAUGGAACCAGCUAAGAAUUAUGAAACAAAUAUCUUCUCAUUAGCAGAAGCUCCUCCAUGUCCAAACACUCCACUUCAAGACCCAAAGGAAACCAAACAGAAACUAAGAGUUGAAGAAGAUGAAGAGGAGAUGAAAGAUCAAGAAAAAGAGAAGAAACCUAGCAUCCGAAUAAUCGAUCUAGACGCUUCGGAUAGCAAUUCGAAUCGCAGGUUCUGCUUCGAUAAUCCGGAGCUCAAUCUACUCGAAUGCCUCGAAACGGGCUCAUCAGAAGGCACCACCACCACCACCACCCCCCUUGUUUCAGAUGCGGCAGAGCCUAGGGUUUUCUCAUGCAACUACUGCCAAAGAAAAUUUUACAGCUCGCAGGCGCUCGGAGGGCACCAGAAUGCCCACAAACGAGAGAGAACCCUAGCAAAGAGAGGGCAGAGGAUGUUGGGGUCCCACAUAAUGGCCUCAGCUGCAGGUUUUGGGUACCCUUAUUGCUCAAGUUUGGCUUCUCUGCCUCUCCAUGGUGGCGGUGCUUUUAGGGCACUGGACAUUCAGGCUCACUCCAUGAUUCACAAGCCUAGUUCCAUGAUGUCUUCGUCUGCGAUCAGGUUUGGUGGUUCGUAUGGACAUCGGACUUUUGGGUCAAGGUCACUUUUUGAUCAGCAACCGGCGGUCGGAAAGCUUGCGGCUGCAGCAGCUAAAGGUGUUGGUGGUGCUGGGAGAUUUGACAUGGCAAAGAGCAACAUGGUUUCACAAAGCAGUGAAGAAAUUGGAAAAUGUUGGUUGGGAAACGACAGUCGUUUCAAGAGUGGUAGUGAUCAGGAGGAAAUGAAGAAGCUUGACUUGUCACUCAAGCUCUAACAAGUUAGUAGUAUCGAGACGGCAAAAUUCUUCUUCAUUUCAUUGUAUCAUAUAUGAUCCUCUUGUCUUUUUUCUUUCUUUUUUUUUGGAAUUUUUUUUAUGUCGGUAUUGAGAUGUGGUUUAAAAUUCUCGUUUCACAUUUCGAAUAUGGUUUGUGUAAAUUUGAUUUUUGAGAAUAGCAUGAGCAUUUGAUC